UUAAGAUUAAGCGUAUCUGGUUUUCAAUGGUAAGCCAAAUACUAUUAUCGCCUUGCAGCCUUAUCUUCAAAGCAGACAACACUGCCUCCCUUUACACUGCACGACACCGUCCGUAACCGAAACGCUCUCUACGAUUCCCAAACGACAUGGCCGAAACGCUUAUCCAAUUCGGGAUUUUGGGCUGCGCCGAAGUAGCGCGCAAGGUAUCGAGAGCGAUAACGCUAGCUCCCAAUGCCACGCUGUACGCCGUCGGCAGCCGUUCGCUGGAGAAGGCCACGAGAUUCGCCACCGCCAACGGAUUCCCUCCCUCGGCUAAGAUUUACGGCAGCUACGAGGCGGUGCUGGAUGACCCCAACGUUGACGCCGUGUACAUGCCGCUGCCAACGAGCUUGCACUUGAAGUGGGCAGUGCUGGCGGCGGAGAAGGAGAAGCAUGUGCUUCUGGAGAAGCCUGCGGCUCUGAAUGUGGCGGAGUUGGAUCAGAUUUUGGAGGCGUGCGAAUCCAAUGGAGUGCAGUUUAUGGACGGCACAAUGUGGCUACACCACCCUCGGACGGCUAAGAUGAAGGAGUUCCUUUCCGAUCCGCAGCGUUUUGGACAACUCAAAUCGGUGCAAUCCUGCUUUACAUUUUUGGCUGAUUCUGAUUUUCUUGAGAAUGACAUUCGUGUUAAGCCAGACCUGGAUGCCCUUGGUGUUCUUGGUGAUGUUGGGUGGUAUUGCAUCGGGGCAAUCCUGUUUGCUGCUGACUAUGAACUGCCUAAAUCAGUGAUAGCUUUGCCUGGGACCAUUUUCAAUAAAGCAGGGGUACUUACAUCAUGCGGGGCUUCUCUAAUAUGGGAAGAUGGGAAAGUGGCGACCUUCAACUGCUCCUUCGAAGCCAAUUUGACAAUGAAUGUAACUGCUAUUGGAACAAAGGGAACUUUGCAGGUUCAUGACUUCGUUAUUCCUUUUAAGGAGGACAGUGUUGCUUUUUCCGCUGGUAUAGAGUCUUGGUUCAAUGAACUCGUGACAGGGUGGAGAACAAUGCCAAGCGAGCAUGUCGUCACAACAAAUCUUCCUCAGGACGCUCUCAUGGUGAGAGAAUUUUCCGGUUUGGUUGCAGACAUCAAAAGAAAUGGUUCAAAACCUGAACAAAAGUGGCCAACUAUCAGUAGGAAGACGCAACUGGUGCUGGAUGCUGUGAAGGCCGCACUUGAGCGGGGGCUUUAGCCCGUUGAGGUGUAGGUUGAUAAAACUUUCCUAUCCUAUGCUUUGUUUGCUUGGUCUUUAGUGUCUUGGGUUUGAUUAGUGCUGCUUUCGAAUGAACUUUGCUGAACGUUGCUAAAUUAAUAAAUAAAGAAGGGUUGUUUCUAUCUUA